UAUCGGGGUGCGGGCGGCGCCCGCCGCAGAGCCGUCGCCGGAGCCCCCGCAGCCAUGAGCUCGUACGGGUACGACCCGUUCUUCCCGUCCUACAAGCGGCGCUACGCGGACAGCCCGCGCAUCCAUGUGUCGGUGCGCAGCGGCGGCGGCUUCGGCUCGGCGCGCUCCGCGUACUCCAGCCUGUCCGCGCCCGUGUCCUCCGUGUCCGUGCGCCGCAGCUACGCCACCUCCAGCGCCUCGAGCUCGCUGCUGCACUCGGUGGACAGCCUGGACCUGAGCCAGGUGGCCGCCAUCAGCAACGACCUCAAGUCCAUCCGCAGCCAGGAGCGAGCGCAGCUGCAGGACCUCAACGACCGCUUCGCCUGCUUCAUCGAGCGCGUCCACGAGCUGGAGCAGCAGAACAAGGUGCUGGAGGCCGAGCUGCUGGUGCUGCGGCAGAAGCACGCCGAGCCCUCCCGCUUCCGCGCGCUCUACGAGCAGGAGAUCCGCGAGCUGCGCUUGGCCGCGGAGGAGGCGACGAGCGAGAAGCAGGCGCUGCAGGGCGAGCGGGAGAGCCUGGAGGAGACGCUGCGCGGGCUGCAGGCGCGCUACGAGGAGGAGGUGCUGAGCCGCGAGGACGCGGAGGCGCGGCUGCUCGAGGUGCGCAAGGGCGCGGACGAGGCGGCGCUGGCGCGGGCGGAGCUGGAGAAGCGCGUGGACAGCCUGCUGGACGAGCUGGCCUUCCUCAAGAAGGUGCACGAGGAGGAGCUGGCCGAGCUGCAGGCGCAGAUCCAGUACGCGCACCUGUCCGUGGAGAUGGACGUGUCGGCCAAGCCCGACCUGUCGGCCGCGCUGCGCGACAUCCGCGCGCAGUACGAGAAGCUGGCGGCGCGCAACAUGCAGAACGCCGAGGAGUGGUUCCGCAGCCGCUUCACCGUGCUCAGCGAGAGCGCCGCCAAGAACACGGAUGCCGUGCGCGCCGCCAAGGACGAGGUGUCCGAGAGCCGCCGCCUGCUCAAAGCCAAGACGCUGGAGAUCGAGGCCACCCGCGGCAUGAACGAGGCGCUGGAGAAGCAGCUGCAGGAGCUGGAAGAGAAGCAGAGCGCGGAUAUCUCCGCGCUGCAGGAUACAAUCAACAAAUUGGAGAACGAGCUGAGAACCACAAAGAGUGAGAUGGCUCGGUACUUGAAGGAAUAUCAGGACCUGCUCAAUGUGAAAAUGGCCCUGGACAUCGAAAUUGCAGCUUAUAGGAAACUGCUGGAGGGGGAAGAGACCCGGCUGAGCUUCACCAGCGUGGGCAGCAUCACCAGUGGCUACAGCCAGAGUGCCCCCACCUUCGGCAGGUCUGCCUACAGCGGCCUCCAGGCCAGCUCCUACCUGAUGACCACCCGCUCCUUCCCCACCUACUACUCCAGCCACGUCCAGGAGGAGCAGAUUGAAAUCGAGGAAACCAUCGAGGCUGCUAAAGCAGGGGAAGCCAAGGCAGCUCCUGCAGAAGAGGGUGAGGAGGAGGAGAAAGAGGAAGGAGAGGAAGAAGCAGGAGAAGAGGCUGAAGAAGAGGAGGAAGGUGCUAAGGAGGAAUCAGAAGAAGCCAAAGAAGGUGAGGAAGAGGAAGGAGAAGGGGAAGAAACAGCAGCAGAAGAAGGGGAGGAGUCCCAGGAGGCUGCUGAGGAAGCUGGUGAGGAGGAGAAGGAAGAGAAAGAAGAGAAAGAAGCAGCAGGAAAGGAAGAGAGCGAAGGCAAGAAGAAGGCUUGAUCUGAGGGCAGCUUUCCAUCAGAACCAACGAUGGGCUGAGCUCCAGCUGCAGUCUCACCUAUUUAAUUCAGUGAUCACUGAGGUUCCAGUUCAUGAUUAUGACGUUUCUCCCUGUGCAGAGUCUGAGUUUGCUUGCAGAGCACCCAAGGCUUGCUCCCCGAGUGCCGCAUGGUUUCACGUAUGAGUUCAGGGCUUCUGUCCUUCCUGGGUGACCCAGAACCUUAACAUUUCAAAUUGGGGGGGGAAAAAGUGGUGGGAAUGAAAGGUUACCUUUAACUUGCAUUUAAACUAAUUCUGGAAACGGUGGGUGGGGGAAGUGAUGGAGGCUUCAUUAAGUACGUGCAAUAAAGCAGUCAAUAAAGUUCAGAAAUGCUUACACGGA